AUGAAGGGCACAGGCGCAGGGCUACCUGAACACAUCCAAACCAACAAUGCGGCAGGAGGACCAACACCUUCUCAGACACUUGUCUUCCUGACUAAUCAACCGGGAAAAUUCAAAGUCCAGAAAGCAUCAAUCUCAGCCAGUGAUUCCUACGGCACAAUCAAACCCGGUGAACCCAGUACCGUUUCCGUCGCUACCAAUGAAGACGGGCCGGGUGAUGACAGGACCAGCGUCCCAAGGAAGCUUGUCAGCGGGGGGCACGUUGUUGACCCCAAAGCCGAGCCGGGCUGGGAUGAAUGGUUCUGA